AUGGCGUCAAAACUUUAUAAUAUAAUUGUUGGUGGUGCUUCAGUUAGUGCUGGGGCAUAUUUCACUACAUGGUUAUUGACUGGAGAAAAUCCAACACAAUUGCAAACGGUGCAAGCGGAAGCCGGUAAAAAAACUGGAAGAUUACGGACAUUACCUCCAAGAAGUACUCAAAUUCAAUCUUUAAAUUCAGAAGAAUUUGACGUCCUAAUUAUUGGAGGUGGUGCAACCGGGGCUGGCUGUGCUAUAGACUCAGUCACACGAGGUUUAAAAACUGCAUUGGUCGAGUUAGACGAUUUUGCGUCAGGUACAUCAAGUCGCAGCACAAAACUCAUCCAUGGUGGUGUACGUUAUUUGCAAAAAGCAAUACUUAAUUUAGAUUUGGAACAAUACAAAAUGGUCAAAGAAGCAUUGCAUGAGCGAGCAACAAUGCUUAAGACGGCUCCCCAUUUAACCCAUGCAAUACCAAUCAUGUUACCAGUUUAUGAGUGGUGGAAAGUUCCUUACUACUGGGUCGGUAUUAAGGCAUAUGAUCUUGUAGCAGGUUCAAAAACAGUUAAAAGUUCUUAUUAUUUAACCAAAACUGAAGCAUUAGAAAUAUUUCCCAUGCUUAAAAAAGAUAAAUUGGUUGGAGCUAUUGUAUAUCACGACGGCCAACAAGACGACGCUAGAAUGUGCCUUGCCUUAGCGCUGACGGCAACUCGUUAUGGUGCCACAGUAGCAAAUCAUGUAAAAGCAAUUCAUAUUAUUAAAGACGAUAAAGGAAAAAUUUGUGGUGCACACCUCCGAGAUGAACUCACUGGAAAAGAAUGGGAUGUUAAAGCAAAGUGUAUCAUAAAUGCUGCUGGGCCUUUUACUGAUUCUGUAAGGAAAAUGGACGAUACCAAUGUCAAGGAAAUAUGUACUCCUAGUAAAGGUGUACACAUUGUAUUACCUGGUUAUUACAGCCCUGAGCAAAUGGGACUUUUGGAUCCUGAAACAUCUGAUGGCCGUGUUAUAUUCUUUUUACCGUGGCAAAAACAUACACUAUCAGGUACCACAGACAGCCCAUGUGCUGUAACUUAUAAUCCCACACCUACAGAAGAUGAAAUUUCAUUCAUAUUGAACGAAAUAAAAAAUUAUCUUAACUCAGAUGUCGAAGUACGCCGAGGUGAUGUUUUAAGUGCUUGGGGUGGUAUUCGUCCAUUAGUGUCGGAUCCAAACAAAGGUGACACUCAGUCAUUGGCACGUAAUCAUAUUGUUCAUGUAAGCAAAUCUAAUUUAGUAACAAUUGCUGGAGGAAAGUGGACUACCUAUAGAGCUAUGGCUCAGGAAACUAUUGAUGCUGCAAUACAAGCUGUCCCGGAAUUGAAACCAACAAAACCAGAAUGUCAAACAGAUGGUCUUCAAUUAGAAGGUGCACAUGGAUGGACACCAACAAUGUACAUAAGAUUAGUGCAAGAUUUUGGUUUGGAAUGUGAAGUCGCUCAACAUUUAGCUACGUCAUAUGGUGACAGAGCAUUUGCUGUAGCUAAAUUAGCUAACCUCACUGGAAAACGUUGGCCAGUAAUCGGUAAUAAAAUUCACCCUGAAUUUCCAUACAUUGAUGCUGAGAUUCGUUAUGGAGUUAGAGAAUACGCUGUUACGGCUGUUGAUAUGAUUGCUAGACGUUUACGAUUGGCAUUCCUGAAUGUACAAGCUGCUCAAGAAGCACUUCCAACUAUUGUAAACAUUAUGGCCGAAGAAUUAAAUUGGAGUGAUGAUGAAAAGGAGAAACAAUUGAAAAUGGCCAACCAUUUCUUGGCCACUGAAAUGGGCAUGAGCGUGAACAGAGCAUCUCGAGACAAAAUUCCAAUUACUCUAUCCCAGGAAGAGGUCAAAAUGUAUGUAAAGAGAUUCCAGAUUCUUGAUCAUGAUCACAAAGGAUAUGUUUCCAUCAAUGACAUUCGUAGGAGUAUGAAGAAUGCUGGUGAAAAUGUAACUGGAGAUGAGCUUCAUGAAAUUUUGAAAGAAAUAGACACCAAUAUGAAUGGCCAGGUUGAGCUGGAUGAAUACUUACAGAUGAUGUCGGCACUUAAAUCUGGUCAUAUAUCCCACUCUCGUUUUGCAAGAAUGGCCGAAUUAGAAGAAUUCCAUAACAAAACUCAAAGCAAAAUCAGUGUGGAAAGAAGUGGUGGUGGUUUUUAG